AUGUUGGCCUCGGACGCAUCUGCGGUCAUAUUUUGCUUCCCAGAGAAGAAUGGCUUUGGUUUGGUGUCCGUUCUCUCGUCAGAUGGUUCUUCAAACCACGACAGACGCUGGUUCUUCAUUUGUUCAGACGACAUUCUCAGGCCGGUGCAAAAAACCGUAGAAUCGUUGAAGAAUACGCAAAAGGGUCGUCUACACUACGCUGAUGAUAAUGUUGACGUGGCAGCAUUAUGCCGUCAUUUCGAUUCGAAGUUGCACUUCACCGCUGCCGAAGUGGCCGAACUUUCCAGUACGGAAGAAGCUGAUGCCGGCGUCAGCGCUGUCAUGGACGACGCAAUUCGUCGUUGGAUAAGCUCUGCGAAUGGCUGUGUGAUUUCUAGGACUUCGAACAACGUCAGCUUUUCAUCUGAUACCAGUGCUUUGAAAACCAACGAGCCUUCGGACAGCCAGUGGAUAUCGUACGACAGAAGUUUGACAUCGUUUUUGAAUGAGCUUAAUCAUCAAGUGUCUGCGGUCACUCGACAGUGCUUGCGGAAGUACUGCAAACAACGUAAGAAGCAUUUGGAAAGAGCCGGAGUCAAGCUGCGAGAUUCAGACGUCUAUGCCGAGCUUUUCUCACCAAGUCCUUCGCAGAACCGCGAACGCCUGCCGGUUAACAGUAUAAUUUGUGAUGCGUGAUUGGAUCAGUGGCUGAAGAGAGGUCAAGUACGACCGCAGAUUCCUCAUUCCCAGUUUCUUGCCAUACUGGUCGAAUAUGUGACUGCUCGUGAGAAGUUCCUGCUAUGA